AUGGAGGUGGACGCGGCGCCUGCGGCCCGCAAGGUCUGGAAGCCCAAGCAGGCCUUCCCUGACUCGGCGUACCGGCCGGUGGACUUCCGGAACGACUCGACGACGACGGAGAACCGCGCGGCGUGCAUGGCGCCGAAGGGCGUGACGCUGGAGCGCGAGAAGAGGAGGCAGGAGAAGUGCGAGGUGGUGGUGACGGUGGAGGACGAGGCCGGGCUGGGGCAGCAGAUCGACACGGACGCGAUGGCGAGCAAGCGGAACCACAACACGGUGGGCGUGGGCAAGGCGUCUGGCCGCGGGUGGAAGACCGCGGCGCAGCCGUUCCGCGCCAUGUCGGAGGUCAUGCGCAAGAAGCGCUCGCUGGAGGAGAUCAAGGCGGACCGCAAGUCGCGCGAGGCGGCCGCGGCGGCGCGGCGCGAGGUGGUGGAGAGGCGCAGGGCGCUGCUGCAGGCGGAGCGGGAGCGGCGGCGCAAGGUGCGGGAGCGCAAGGAGGCGAACCGCAAGGCGAGCGAGGUCACGCAGGAGAUUUCCAACCCCGCGACGCUCAAGAAGCUCCUCAGGAACAAAAAGAUGCGCCACAAGGUCCGGACGGCCGACGCGUGA